CACUGGGCGAGGCGUACGCCAAAGAUAUUCGGGGAACCUCCGAAGUUCAAAAAGUGUGAGAAACGUCAGGAACCAUUUCGGCAAAGCCCUUCACUCGUUCUUCAACUUGCCCCGACAGUUCUAACAGCCUGUCCGCGAGUUGUCUCUCUCUCUCCUCGCCGGGCGGUUUCAGGUUUCCCGUGCGACAGUGGGCGUGGCAAGCUGGCGGCCGUGCCCACUUGGUGUAGUCUGAACACGCGCCCGCGAAGGUUAGACUCCGGCCGGCGCGUCCCCUCAGUCAGCGACGUGCCCCAGGACAGCGAGGGUGCCUUUUCUCUACUCAGCGGAGUCAUGGCAACAGGCAAUUCGUCUCUGUUGCAACAGCCGGCACUGACCGCUUCGUCGCUCAAAGCGCCCCCUUCGCCAGCUUUGCCCGUGCCCUCAGGGGUCCCUGUGCCGCCCUCCUUCCUCCGCCCGCCUAGCCUUUUUGUGCGUGCUGCGGCAGCCGUCGCCGCGGCGGCCGCCUCCUCCACCACCACCACCGGCAACAACGUCAGCUACUACUCGCAGGCAGCGGCGGGGCCGGAGCGCAGCGUUUGCUACCCGCGCACGCCGAAGUGCGCCCGCUGCCGGAACCACGGCGUGGUGUCGGCACUGAAGGGCCACAAGCGCUUCUGCCGCUGGCGGGACUGUGCGUGCACCAGGUGCGGCCUCAUCGCUGAGCGUCAGCGCGUCAUGGCCGCCCAGGUGGCGCUGCGCAGGCAACAGGCACAGGAGGAGAACGAGGCCAGCGGGAACAGCAGCCACCACCAGCAUUGUGUCGCUACUCGCCGGAGCAGAGAGUCGGCGCUGAGCCUUAUGGCGGGCGGCGCAAGCGCAGGAGGAGACCCCGCGUGCAACAGCUGCUACCCGGAGUUCCAGCGUGGGCGAAGAGAGGAGAAGGUUCAGAAGUAUGGCUUCCACUGCAGUGAACAAAGCAGUUCUGUAGCCCAUUUACAUAUACCGUCCCAGAGGUCUUCUGGAGCUACUGGAGACUGUAAAGAGAAGUCCUCUUGCAUACAUAUUUCAGGUAAAGAGAUGGCCGUUUGUCCUUCAGGUCCUGAUGACUCUUUGAAAGGCACUGACAGUUCAGCAUCUCUGUCUUCUUCAGAGAUAGAAUCAGGGAAUGAAAGUGAACGUCUGAAGGACUUUGUUGUCUCCAAUACCAGCGCCUCUUCUACUGCUUCUCCUACUUCUGGUGCUUCAAGACGCAGAGACCCACUCGAUAUCCUUACCAAGGUCUUUCCAAAUCACAAACAGAGUAGAUUAGAGAGAGUUCUGCAAUUCUGCAAAGGAGAUAUAGUCCAAGCCAUAGAGCAGAUACUGAAUGUGAAUGAGCAUAAGCAAGAACUCAGACAGCUUGCAGCCUCACCACUGCCAGUAUGCAAUAUCCUCCAGCAGUCCUCUGAUUUUAGUCUCCUAGGAGUAGAUGUCAGAGCACUUGGGAAUAAAUCAGCAUUUUCUCCUCUACAAACCAGUCCAACUUCCUUUGGAAGUGAAGUGAGUCUUUAUGGUCUAAGUCCUAGACUUGGAAUUGGACCUUUGAGAGUGGCAUACUCCCCUCCAGGAAGAGCUUUACCUGGAUUGAUAUCGCCGUACUUAAGAACUGGACUGUUUCCUACCUUGCCUUUUCACCCAGCGAUGGACUAUUCCUUUUCAGGAGUGAUCAAAGAUGCAUCCUAUUUCCCCAAUAAAGACACAAUUGUCAGUAGCACAAUUUACACCAGGCUAAAUGAAGAAAACAAAUAGCAUCUUGAUAAAAUCUUCAUUUUUGUAGUACUUGUUGAAGUGGGUUGUCUCUUAAUUUUAAAGCCCAAGUUUCAAAGGUACUUUCUGCUAAUAAAGGGCUAAUAAGUAAAAAGAACAAAGAAUCUUGUAGCACCUUAAAGACUAGCAAAGACUCUUUGGUCUUCUUGCUGCAAUAGACUAACACUGCUACCCCUCUGGACCUAGCUAAUCAGUAGUUUCCAGUCCUGUUUAUUUUAUUUUAUUUUUUUAAAAAUAGAUUUUAAUGAGAUUCUUCAUUUGAACAUGGAACAGUAUGAAAGGUGAGAAAAUUUCAGAAUAUCAGUUGUUAAAGAGCAUUUAAAAUUAGCGCUGGUUUUAAAUAUGAGCUUUUGUAUACAUACUGUAUAUUCAGUGUUCAUGCUUUUGGGGAAGAAAAAACUAAGUGACAUUUAAGAGGCUGUGAGUGAAAAUCUAAGUUGAAAUUUGGAGGAAACCCAAUAAAUAAUUGAACUCCCUUUUGUCUUUUCCUAGAUAUUUGAUAUGUUCAUGUUUUUGAUUUACAUGUUUGAAAUGGAAUAGUGUUUGAAAUACAGAGAUUUGAUUAAAAAAUAGGAUCUUAAAAAUAGGGUAUUUGAAGCAGCUGAAUAUUGGCAAUGGUCAACUCUUCUAACAAAAUUGAUCAGGAAUGUGGUGUAUAAGCAUUAUUUUUGGUUGGGGGUCUUGGAUCCUAGGCAAGAAAAAAUGAAAUAAUGGCCUGGUUUAGAUAUAAUGCAAAACUAUGGUGUAGCAUUAUGUGGAUGAACCUCAUCCUUGUGUGCUCUUCUCUCUUCCUGAAGCGUGGGUGCAAGGAGGAGAUUGAAGCUUUCAAUUCUAUUUUCAACUAACUGCAGUUUAGCCUUGUGUCUGAAUCCUACCUGUGAUCAGUCUUCCCUAUGGUUUACUGAAACAAGACAGUUUCAUAGACCAUGGUGAAUUUGACUUGCUUCAGGAAACCAUAGUUAAGACAAACCACAGUUUGUCUAGGUGUGAACAGAACCCUAAACUGCAGGUAAUUAAAAACAAAUGAAAGCUUCUGAUCUCCUUUUCUAAGUCAUGCCACAAGAGAGCUAAUGAGGCCAAGACUUAUUCAUGAAAUGCUAAACCAUAUUUUAGAGUUGCAUCCAAAUGCAGCAAAUGUGCUAAAAUAUUAUUUAUAUGUUGCCAGAGCAUGGUCUGGGAGCACAUCAUGGAUUUCUAGUUCUGAAGCUAAGCAUGUGUAGCCCUCAUAAGCUGUUUGGAUGGAAACCAUAUCCACUCAGAGUUCCUUGGAGAAUAAAUGUGACAUUCAUAAAAUAAUAAAUGUACUGUCCUUAAAUGACUGUUGAAUGGAGUCAAAAUGUAAUAGUGAGAAUCCAAGCCAAUGCAAGCAGCAGCACACAAAAAAAUUGGGUCUGCUUGCAUAGUGUGUGUGGGGUGAGCACUGAUUUGAGCACUUGGCAGAAACUUCUUUAUAAAUGCUUAGGUCCAAAAUCAUGAAAUUAUAGCAGUGAACAUUGACAAUGACUAUUAGAAGAUACAUGGAGAAUUAUUAUACUUCAGGGACGUUGGUGACAAGGGAUUGUUAGCACUUCUUUGUAAGAGCUAAGUUUUCUGCAUUUUAGAUAUUCUCUCUCUCUCUCUCACACACACACACACACAGGGAGAGCGAGGGAGGGAGGGAGUUAAGCCUGUGAAGGUUACUUUAAAAUAAAAAAUAUUAACAUUAGCAAUCAUAACUAAUCUCAAGAGUUAAAAUGAAAGAAGUCUAUCCAUCCUUGGCCAUUUCCCAGGGUGAGAUUAAAAAGAGGCUUUCUAAACCAAAGCAGACUAAGCAUUUUUGUUCCCAAUGUAUUUUGAAAAAAUAAAUCUCUUUAUCAUACUCUC